GAUUGGUUGAAGUGUACUAGAGAACGAGGGUUGCAUGAUUUUGUCUGGUAAUCGUUCAAAAAAGUUUUGAUUAUUCUAUUUUCACUAAUCUAAAAGCUAUGGUCGUCUUCACUACUUUGACGUGCGCAAUGAUGUCUGCCUUUGAUACGUAGGCUGCUGCCCUUUAAAGAUGGAAAUUUAAGCCAAAGCAAAGCUCUUCUUGCGUCUUGAAUGAAUUGAAUAUUCUAAAUAUUUCCAAGUUUAUUUUAUUAGAUGACUUCAGUCAUUAUUGAGUCUAAUCAUCUUGUCCAAGUGAUAGAUAUUCCCUUUUUAUUAUUUUCUUUCAGACAACACAUGGAUUUAACUCGUCUUCUUCUGAAUGUUUACUUUCAAAUAUUUCAAAGUGGGAAGGGAGCUUGUUGAGCCAGCUCAAUGUUCAAUUCCUAGAAGAAUCUUGUCAAAAGAACCCACCUUCUUGUGUUUGUUCUCCACUCGCAUCGCAGCAGCACAUGUCUUUAUAUUCUAUCAGAUGAUUGAUUAGAGAGCACUUGGAUUGGGAAGACAAAGCUUAUUGGGCUCAAUAUCUGUUCAGCUCAAUAAGAAGCAUGGCACAAAAGUAUACAGAGCCGCUGUUAAAGAAGAAGUACCAUGAGAACUGCCCUGGAUGUAAGGUUGAUCAAAUGAAGGAGUUGCAGCGAGGCUUACCGCUUCGCCAACUCGUUUCCAUAUGGAUUGUUGUGCUAUGCGCUGCUCUGCCGAUAUCGUCUCUCUUUCCAUUCCUAUACUUCAUGAUUAGGGAUUUUCAUAUUUCGAAAAGGGAGGAAGAUAUUGGCUACUAUGCUGGUUAUGUGGGGUCUGCAUUUAUGCUUGGAAGAGCUUUGACAUCUGUACUAUGGGGAAUAAUUGCUGAUCGUUAUGGUCGAAAGCCUGUUAUAAUCAUGGGAACUAUUACAGUGGUUGUUUUCAACACUCUCUUUGGCCUUAGUGUAAAUUUUUGGAUGGCUGUAAUUACAAGAUUUCUUCUGGGAAGUUUAAACGGCUUACUUGGACCAAUAAAGGCAUAUGCAGUUGAAAUCUUUCGAGAAGAACACCAAGCCUUAGGCCUAUCAACUGUUAGCACUUCAUGGGGCAUAGGACUGAUUAUUGGCCCUGCUCUGGGAGGUUUUCUAGCUCAGCCAGCAGAGAAGUACCCGAAUAUCUUUUCCAAAGAUUCCCUGUUUGGGAGAUUUCCAUAUUUCUUACCUUGCCUCGCUACAUCACUUUUUGCCUUGGGAGUAACCAUAGCUACUUUCUGGCUUCCGGAAACACUUCACAAACACAAUGACAACGAUAGAUCAAGUGAUGAUUCGUAUGAUGCUUUGGAAGCUGCACCUCAUGAGUCUAGCUCAAAGGAAAUAACAGAAGAAGAUGAAGGAAGAGAAUCCACUUCUAAGCAAAGCCUCCUUAAGAAUUGGCCUUUGAUGUCAUCUAUCAUUGUUUAUUGCGUCUUCUCCCUUCAUGAUAUGGCCUACACAGAGAUAUUUUCAUUAUGGGCCGUUAGCCCUAGAAAGUUUGGGGGUUUGAGUUAUUCCACAGAGGAUGUUGGAGAAGUUCUUGCAGUCUCAGGUUUCAGCCUUCUUGUCUUUCAACUUUCCGUAUACCCAAUUGUUGAGAGGAUUCUUGGACCUGUAUUGGUGUCUCGUAUUGCAAGUGUCUUAACUAUACCACUUUUACAAAGUUAUUCUUACAUAGCCCUGUUGUCAGGGUUCACUCUCAGCUUGGUAUUAAAUUGUGCAUCUAUCAUGAAGAACGUUUUUUCGGUGUCAAUCAUAACUGGAUUAUUCAUUCUGCAAAAUCGAGCUGUGGAUCAACACCAAAGAGGAGCUGCUAAUGGCAUUGCCAUGACUGCAAUGUCUCUUUUCAAAGCAGCUGGUCCAGCGGGAGGAGGUGCAUUGUUUUCUUGGGCAGAAAAGCGUCAGGAUGCUGCAUUUCUUCCAGGCACUCAGAUGGUAUUUUUCAUCUUGAAUAUAGUGGAGGCAGUAGGUAUGCUGAUGACAUUCAAACCAUUUCUAGCUCAACAUCGCCAGUAAAGAAAGGCGAAUCAAAUUUAUUUCCACCGGAAAGGUUGGGAUAGUAUAAUCAUGAGCAUGAUUCUUUCAUGGGGUAAUACAAUGUACCUCAUAGGUGGUAAGAAAUUACAGUAAGUCAAUGAAUAUAUGCUUGGCUUCAGUUUUGUUCAAGAAAAGAUCAAUAAAAGAACCUACUAAACCUCAUUGUAUCCUUGUUGUCUCCUUACACACAUACAAUAUGUAAUAUUUAGUCAAUUCACCAAUCCUUCAUAGAAGUACAACAACAAAUUUGGUGUUUUAACUUAAAAAGACUGCUUAGCAGCUUUUGAAGAAUGCUAAUAAUUUGAAAUUUACAAUUCCCAUGGGGACAUUGAAAGCCA